AUGUCGACCACGCAACAGUCUGCCCCUUCGCCGCCCGAUAUGGGUGGGCGCUUGAGCGGAAAAGGCCGAGAGAUGAAGCUCCUCCAUUUCAUCUACGAACAGCCAAAUUUGGACGACAUCCGAGGAAAUCCACAGAAAGUACUCGACCUGAUGAACAAAUUUGAAGAAGAAUACUACAUGAUGACCGUUGGUGUACCCAAGGGUAAAAUUGUAACACAGUUAAUCGACGAAAUCAAGCCCAAGAUCAUGAUCGAACUCGGGUGCUAUACGGGCUACUCGGCUAUCCUAUUCGGCGAGGCUGCACGCCGAAAUGGUGGAGAGAAAUACCUCAGUCUGGAACUGAACCCAGAGUAUGCCGCUAUUGCGAACAUGCUGAUCGAACUGGCCGGACUUCGCGACUUUGUGCGUGUCAUUGUGGGCCGGAGUGACCUCUCCCUGGACAAAUUGUACCGUAGCGGAGAGGUCAAAAACAUCGAGCUCUUGUUUAUCGACCACUACAAGCCCGCGUACACUACCGACCUCAAGCUGCUUGAGCACCAUGGAAUGAUCGUUCCUGGAUCGGUCUUAGCGGCAGACAAUGUGUUGUUCCCAGGGAACCCGCCGUAUCUGGAAUAUGUCCGCAGCACGGUUGAGCAGAAGCGAGAGCUGGCCAAGGAUGGACCUAACAAGGGAUAUGAUACCAAGGGGAUUCUUGAGCGCACUGUCAAUUCCUUCAUGCCACAGGGUGAUGUGCCGAGUUUUGAGGUGGUGGGGAAUCCCAAUAUCGUGUACCAGACCGAGCUGCAUCAGCCGGAGGGAGAAGAAGAUGCCAUUGAAGUGACGCGAUGUGUCGGGGUCCAAGAAUAG